GCCCUCCUCUUUCGCUCCCACCGCCGACCGCCCAACUUGGAAACCAAAAUUAGUCACACACCACCCACCUUCCAUUUUCAUUUCUUUAAGCAUUCCUCAAAACCAUGUCCACAACAACCCCAACUCCGCAACCAGGCACCACGAAAGAAGCCUCCCCCGUCUUCCUGGAAAACAUGGACCAACUCCAAACAUUGUUCAACCAAUUCGACGCCAACAAGGAUGGUAAGAUCUCCGCAGCGGAACUUGGCGAUGUCUUGAAAGCAAUGGGGUCCAACUACACAGAGGAGGAACUCAAGCGUGCCAUGGAAGACAUCGACACCGACAAAGACGGCUUCAUCAACCUCUCUGAAUUCUCCUCACUCUGCCGCUCAUCUUCCGACGCUGUCACCGCCGCUUCGGAGCUACGCGACGCCUUUGAUUUGUAUGAUCAGGACAAGAACGGCCUGAUUUCGGCGAGCGAGUUGCAUCUGGUUUUGAAUCGGUUGGGGAUGACGUGUUCGGUUGAUGAUUGUGUUAGAAUGAUCAGGUCGGUUGAUUCAGAUCGUGAUGGGAAUGUUAAUUUCGAGGAGUUUAAGAAGAUGAUGAGUGCUUCGAUGCCUAGUAAUGACCGGAUCUAAGCCAUAGGAUUGGAAGUUUUUUGACGGUGAUUGACUCUGAUGACAUGGAUCAAAGGUUUAGGGUUUCCUUUAGCUUAUUUUCAUAAAUAAAUUUCUUCAAUAUAUGGAAUUUGGUGCACUUGUUGGAAUCAAAACUUCAUCGAAUGAAAUGAAAAAUUGGCUUAGUUACGAUUA